UGAAGAUAACACCUGCCAGUCAUUAGCUCUGACCUGCCUGCGAGGACGCGUUUUGUUUCGCCUCUUGUUGGGUGGCGCAGCUUCGGUUAUCAAACAUUUUUUUUCCUGACAUUUCUUGUUGUGAGGUUCAGUGACAACAUCAGCUAGCUGUGUGCUACGAGGACAUGUUUUAAAAAAAAUGCUAGCUGACUCGCUUGAUUGCUCUCUGUCGGGCUGCAGAGCUAAUGGGUUAGCCUGCCAUUUUGCUUGAAAAUACUGAAGACUGUCUUCCUGUCUGACAAGAAUGAGCUGAUGGUUGUGGAAGUCUGCAAGAAGACGUUCCAGAAAAGAGAGAGGCUGACCGGAAGAUGCCAAGAAAAAAACAACAGAAUCCACAGCCAGUCAAGUUGGAUUCUGAAGAUGGUGUAGCAUUUGAAGCUCCAGAAAACCUCAUCUUAGACACAGACUUCCUUCUAGGAGACAACCUCGAGUUUGAUGAUCCUGAUCAUGAAGACAGGAUUCUAGGCCUGGAAAAGUUCUCAGAAGUAGCAGCAGAGAUCGGUUUCUCCGUGUACCCUCUGGCUGAUGAGGAGAGCCCUGCCUACAGCCAGCUCAGCAUGGAGAGUGAUCCAGAAAACUCACAAGAUGCCACCGACAACGGGAGGGAAGACGAGGGCAGAUCGUCCCAGUCAGAGUCCGGUUUCCCUCCCUACCUGUCAUGCAGGGGCUGCGGUCAGCUCCGCGAUGAACCUUUAGGACCGGGCAUAGACCUUCUGGGUCCGUACUGCCUCCGCUGCUGCAAAGCCUCAAGGGAAGCCAAGAGCACGGACUUCUGCUCACCUUUUGGGAGCAUGAGUGGGAUCCGCUCAGGUUUGCAGCUAGACAAUGAAGGCGUGGGGAACGGCAUGGUGGACAAAGCACUGACGGCUGAAGACAAAUUCCCCAAACUGCACUCAUGUCACAUCUGCGGCUUCUCCUCGCGCUACGCCAACCACGUGAAGCGUCACAUGAAGACGCACAACGGGGAGAAGCCCUACAACUGCCCUCUGUGCACUUAUGCCUCGGCCCAGCUGGUUAACCUGCAGAGACACCUGCGCAUUCAUACCGGCGAGAAACCAUACAAGUGCGACAGCUGCACCUUUGCCUGCAGUUCUCUGGGCAACCUCAAGAGGCACCAGCGCAUGCAUGUUCCCACUUUGGGGGCGGUGCAUGACACACCACAACAAGCUGCCAGUGGACAAAACAUCCUUAAGAGGCAUGUGACUGGGCAGAGAGUCAAUGAGGAAGUGUCUGGUGCUUCAGCCAAGGAAGUUGUGAGGCCGACUUCAAAUCUAAAUCUGGGCACCCAGAACGACUACCUGCCAGCCUUUGAUGGCUUAAAGGGGGCGUCACCACCACCCGUACCGGCCUCUAAUCCGGCACCUAGCCACCAACCUCCACCCCUGCUGGAGAACAUGGGAAAUGCAGGCGGCAGAGUGAACAGAGGGGGUGUAGCAGACAAUGCUCCCCUCCCAUCUUCACUUUUCCCUUUCACCUGCCGGUUGUGUGGCGUUGUCCUUGAGGACGAGGACGGCUCCUCCGCCCAGAUCUGUGCCAAGUGCACCCUUGAAAUGCUGACUAAAGACUCGUCCUCGUCUCCCAACAGCCCAGGAGAGCGCAGUGACAAGGUUUACACCUGCGCCUCUUGCCCUUUCCUCACACACUACCCAAACCACCUGGCACGCCACAUGAAGACACACAGCGGCGAGAAACCGUACAAGUGCCCACAGUGCGACUACGCCUCAGCACACUUCGACAACCUCAAGCGGCACCACAGGGUGCACACAGGAGAGAAACCUUACAAGUGCCAUUUGUGCGACUAUGCCUGCGGGAACCUGGCCAACCUUAAGCGCCACCAGCGUGUGCACUCGGGCCUGAAGCCAUUCCAGUGCGCUGUGUGCAGUUACAGCUGCAACCAGAGCAUGAACCUGAAGCGGCACAUGCUGCGGCACACGGGAGAGAAACCGUACAAAUGUGCGGAGUGCGGCUACACUACUGGCCACUGGGACAACUACAAGAGGCACCAGAAGAAGCACGGCCUGGCCACAGACGGCUGGGUCAAAGUCCCGGCGACGGGCCAUGAUGAAGAACAGGAAGUGAGGAAAGCGAUGGGAGCAGGCAGUCAGACUCACAGAAAAGAAACAGGGGUCGAUAUGCAGUUCAUGUCCAGAGAGGGAGGACAGACGAUGCCCUCAUGCUACAAACUGGAGAUUGUAUAAAAGAAUAAAAAAAACUCAGCAAAACUAAGCUACCAGCAACUUGUUUUAUUUUAGUUUUUUUUCGCACAGAGCCUUUAUAUUGUUUUUAAGUGUGUUGUCAUUCUUUAAGUGUUUGUCAGAUGUCUUCAAAGGCUGCUAAUUGUUUAUUUGUAGAAUCUCGCACAAUAUGGAAAAACUAUUAUUUUGAAUCUCUACAUCCCUUUUCGUUUGAGAAAGGUGGAUGAGUCGGUGUUAGAGUCAAGAAAAAAGGGAAUUUUCUUCUUUACAAGUUGACUGUCUCAUUGUGUAAGUUACCCCACACUAGUCUAUUACAACAUAUCUCCCUUAUAUUACCACAUACUAUAUGCCACUUUUCAUCCUUUGACAGAGAACACUACCAAAUACACCUCGAAUGAACUGAACUUGUGCACAUUUUUUGCCUGAGUUGUUGAGUUGCACUGUGUAGUUUGUAUCAGUUUUGACUUCUAUAUUAAGACAGACCUGUCCUCUUUUUGUGUGCCAAAAAUACCAUGAUUUGUUACUUAGUCGUUGUCUCUCCCCAUCCCAUUAUUUACCCGACUUAUAUUUGGUUUGCGUCGUCAGGUUAUUUAAAUAAUUUGAUUACAUUUUCUGGCAUGUUUUCAUGAACUACACAGUGCAGCUUCAGUAAAGAUGAAAGACGGCUCCUUGUAAAGGCGGCUGUUGUGCUCUGUUUGCAUUGGAGCAUGUGCCUGUGUAUGCACUACUAGCAAAGUGCUAUUCAAUAGUACUGGAAUUGUCUCACACUUCGUCAUUGUUUCAUUUGUUUGUGUUUCCGACUAAAAAAAAAACAAUCUCCAGUGUCUUCAACUAUAAAAGUCACUUUUGCCAAAUCCCUCAGGAUUACAAAAUGUGAUCUGGUCCUCUUUAACAUUGUAAAGAAAGAGGAAAAAAAAACUUCAUAGAUUGCAUGCUCAGCAUUUUGAAAGACCCCAGUCUUGUCUUUGUUUUUCGUUGAAAGAAAAAGCACAAUGAUAACUUAAACAGGUGCGUUUGGAAAGUUUACAAAAAAGCUGUAAAGGGAAUAAUGUGUUGACAUCACUUUUAUGUAAUUUGGCAUGUUGCCAAUACAAUUUGUAUCCUCAACAUUUUGGGUUUUCUUUUCUUUCUACACAUCAUUACAAUUCAAAUGUGCAGGACAUUAACGUGUUCAUUUUGCUGCCUUAAGCAAACCACCGUUGUUUUGAUCACUGCUGACUGUGAAACUAGCCCACUCUUGUGUUUUUACUUUGAAAAAAACAAGAUGACACCAUUAGUGAGCAUGUGUGUGUAUCAUAGUCGUCUGAUUUUUCUUAUAUGACUGUAACACACUGCAUACUAGAUGUGCAUACUUAAAUAUAUAGAUUUGUCUUUUUCAUUUUGAAUGUGUGAUGUGUCAUGUAGGUAUCAUGGGGAAAAAAUAGGAACUGUGAUUUUUAAUUUGAGUCUUUUUGAAUUACUAUUAUAUGCAAGAGAGAGAUUUUUCAGGUUGCCAACUUUGUGUGACAGGAUGGAGCGCCCAUUGAUUAGUACUGACAUCCCCCAAGUGUCCAUUUUCUGUCUUUAUGCAGUGUCUCAUAAAUGCCUUAAGUGAGGAUUUUUGAAAUAAACAUGUGGAAUUUAUGUCAUUGAAUGUCA